AUGGCGUCCCGAGCAGGUCAACAGCAGCGCAAACCUCGUCGAGGGGGCAAAACCCGCCCUUCGGGGCGCAGAGAUGACCCUCCCGAAGUCCGUUUGUCCAAGACAUUAGCCUACGCUCUGCGUCACGGGGCGGAAGAGUUGCAACUCGACAUGAGACCGUCUGGGUUCGUUCCGCUGGCUCAACUGCUGGCCCUGCCGCUGUUCCAGUCCUUCAGUGAGCAGCAGGUGGACGACGUGGUGCGCACCAACGCCAAGAAGAGGUUCUCCAUCACGACGGACGCGACCGGAGCCGUCAAGUUCAUCCGAGCCAAUCAGGGCCACACGUUGCAGUUGGUUCAGGACGAGGAGCUCCUGACCCCGUUGGAAGCCCCCGACGCCAUCGACAAGUGCGUGCACGGCACGUACCUCAAGUUCUGGGAGAGCAUUUGGAGCUCGGGGCUGUCCAAGAUGCAGCGGAACCACAUCCACUUCGCCGAGCGGGAAGUCAUGGACGACGAGGUGGUGAGCGGCAUGCGCUCCAACUGCGACUUGCUGCUGUACGUCGACUUCCCCAUGGCGGUGAAGGACGGCAUCAAGUUCUACAAGUCCAGCAACAACGUGGUGCUGAGUCCCGGCGUGGGGGACACCGGGGUUAUCGACCGCAAAUACUUUUUGCGAGCUGUUAAGAGAGAUGGAACGGUGGUUUACGAGCGAGAGCAGUGA